CACAGUUUCUUCAGUGGAGCCACAGUGAAACACACAGGAAAUGCAAACAAAACAGAAAAGCAGUUAGAGUUCUUUGUGUUAAAAUGUAGUUUGAAUACGGGUUUGAUGUUUUAUGUAAAUAUUCGAGUGUUUGCUGUAAAAAAAUGUCUUCAGUUCAGCGUCAGAGAGAGUUUAACAACGAUCAGUUAACUGCUGCUGAAGAAACAUUAACGGAGUUUAAAUAAAUCAUCGUCAAACCCGAGGAAAAGAUGGAUGGUCGUCGCAGACUGCUGGAUUUCUCCCGGAUCCCCCUGAUAAUCUUACACCGAGUUGAUCUUCCACAGCACUGUGUGAAUGAACUCACUGAAUCUGGAGUGAUUACUGAACUCAACACCCAGGAUGAGAACUUGACUUUAAAUGAAGUAAAACUUGAAUCUGUGGAGAUAAAACAGGAGCAAAAAGAACCAGAACAUCUGCUGAUAAAAUGCGAGCAAGAGGAACAGGAACAAGAAGAUUCAGAACAUCUCCACAUAAAACCAGAACGAGAGGAACCAGAACAUCAGCCGUUUAAAGAUGAAGAGGAUCAACUCUGCAUCACUCAGUAUGAAGAGCAGUUUGUGAUAAAACAGGAGACUGGAGACAUUUUGGUGACUCCUCUUAAUGUGCAAAUAAUCAACAAUGAAACAGAAUCAAACAGGAACCAACUCGUCUCUCAUGCAUCUUCUGAAGAUGAGAACCAGGAUCAGGAAGGAAACAAUUCUGAAGACCCAGGAGAAGAGAGAGAAAAAGAGCAGAAACAAAACAAGAGAUGUCAGAAAACCAAACGGCAAAAAGGAACUACUGAGGGUUUAAAACAUAUCCACAAGAAAACUCACAGGGACCUAAAUUUAUAUCCCUGUAAAAUUUGUGACAAAGUCUUUACUCGAAAAGGUCAUUUGACAAAACAUAUAAUGAUUCAUACUGGUGAGAAGCCGUUCCCAUGUUUGAUGUGCGGAAAGAGUUUUAGGGAAAGAGAAACUUUAACUUCUCACAUGAGAACUCAUACAGGAGAGAGGCCAUUCUCGUGUAAAAGCUGUGAAAAAACAUUCAUUUAUAAAAAUAAUUUAACUGUUCACAUGAAAACUCACACACAAGAGAAGCCGUUCACAUGUGUGACCUGCCAAAAAAGUUUCAGAAGCAGGUCUGAUUUAACUUCUCAUAAUAGGAUUCAUACAGGUGAGAAGCCUUUCUCAUGUAUGACUUGUGGAAAAAAUUUCACUCAAAAAGGUAAUUUAAGUAGUCACAUGAAAGGUCACACAGGUGAAAAGCCUUUCACAUGUAUGACUUGUGGAAAGAGUUUUAGUGAAAGAAAGAGUUUAACUUCUCACAUGAGAACUCACACAGGCGAGAGGCCUUUCUCAUGUGAGAUGUGUGGGAAAAGUUUCAUUACAAAACACAGUUUAACUUGUCACAAGAGGAUUCAUACAGGUGUGAAGCCUUUCACAUGCAAGUGCUGUGGAAAAAGGUUUAUUAAUAAAACCAAUUUAGUUCAUCACAUGAGAACUCAGACAGGUGAGCAACCUUUCUCAUGUGAAAUUUGUGGAAAAUGGUCUUCUACAAAAGAUGGAUUAACUUCUCACGUAAGAACUCAUACAGGCAAGAAGCCUUUCGUAUGUGGGACCUGUGGAAAAAGUUUCAGAUAUAAAUCUGUUUUAACUUAUCACAUAAGGACUCAUACAGGUGAGAAACCUUUUGUAUGUGGGACCUGUGAAAAAAGUUUCAGACAAAAAUGUUUUUUAACUUCUCACAUAAGGACUCAUACAGGUGAAAAACCUUUCUCAUGUGGGAUCUGUGGAAAAGGUCUGUCUGCCAAAAAGAGUUUAACUUAUCACAUGAGGACUCAUACAGGUGAGAAACCUUUCCUUUGUGAGACCUGUGGAAAGAGUUUCACCAAUAAAAUGAGUUUACUUGUUCACACAAGGAAUCACACAGGUGAGAUAUUUUUAAAGUGAGAAAGUUCCUCUGUAACUUACCUUUUAAUGUUGUAAAUACAGUGACAUUACAAAAAGAGUUGUAAUUAAAAAUUCUUAAAUGUAUGCGAAUUUUGCAUUUUAUAAGGGAUUUCUGAUUUUGGAAGGAUGACUGAGAUAUUUUAAUUCUUUUGUUGAAAUAUCUUUGCUGACAUAUUUGUUAAAGCUAAACAAACUGGUUGUUAUUCUACCUAUGUCUUUUUCAUCAGUUACACAGUUUGUUUGAGAAGGUUUUUAGUUUUUGGACGUUUGAAAAUAUUUUGAUAUAGAUUCAAUUUGUUAUGAAAGUGACUGUCAGUGAAACUAUUUUUAAGUUUCUUGUAAUAAAGUCAGUUUACCAUAAUGAUGGUCUUCUUUUUUCAUUUUAGUGGUAAAUUGUUGUAAGUUGUUUUAUAUAUAUAU